AUGUCGUCCCUCCUCGACGCCGUCCAGGCGCGGCUGCCCGAGCCCCUCUCGAGCCUCAGCCCCAUCGCCUUCUACACCACCGCCCUCGUCCUCGUCACGCUCGCCGUCGGCCUCUCGUCGAGGCGGGAAAAGAUCAAGCUGCCCGGCCCUCGCCCGUGGCCCAUCGUCGGCAACCUGCUGCAGGUCGGAGAGGAUGCUGCGCUGACCUACCACGAGUGGUCCAAGAUCUACGGCCCCGUAUUCAAGGUCACUCUGGGCGAGCGCGAGGUCGUCGUCGUCAACUCGGCCGCCGCCGCCAAGGAGCUCUUCAACGACCUCGGCAGCGUCUACAUCUCGCGGCCCCUCUUCCACACCUUCCACAAGGUCGUCUCGUCGACGGCCGGCUUCACGAUUGGCACGUCGCCGUGGGACGAGUCGUGCAAGCGCAAGCGCAAGGCGGCCGCCACGGCCCUCAACCGCGUGGCGGUGCAGGGCUACGUGCCCAUCAUCGACAUGGAGACCCUCUGCCUGAUCGAGGACAUCUACAAGGACUCGGACCAGGGUAGGACGGCCAUCAACCCGUACGCCUACCUGCAGCGGUUCGCGCUCAACACGUCGCUCGUCGUCAACUACGGCACGCGCCUCGAAAAGGUCGGGGACAAGCUGCUCCAGGAAAUCGUCGAGGUCGAGACGUACGUCGCCAACUUCCGCAGCGUCAGCGGCACGCCGAGCGACUACGUGCCCCUGCUGCGCUACCUCCCCUCGUUUGGCGGCGGCGGCGGAGGCGGCGCCACGGCCAGGUUUGCCCAGGAGGUGCGCAAGAGGCGCGACGUCUACAUGGAUCGGCUGCUCGACGACUGCAAGCGCCACGUCAGGGCCGGCACCGACAUCCCGAGCAUCACGGGCAACAUCCUCAAGGACCCCGAGGCCAAGCUGAGCGAUGCCGAGCUCAGCUCCAUCUGCCUCUCGAUGGUCUCUGCGGGCCUCGACACGCUGGCCAACACCUUUAUCUGGUCGGUGGGCUACCUGGCGCAGCACCCAGACAUCCAGGACAAGGCCUACCAGGCCAUGUAUGACGUCUACGGCGGCGCCAUCCCGGACUCGACCGAGGAAAAGGUCGAGUACAUCACCGCCUUGCACAAGGAGUGCUCGCGCUUCUUUAGCGUGCUCAAGCUCUCGCUGCCGCGCGCCACGCUGGGCGACUCCGAGUACCGCGGCGUCGCCAUCCCGGACGGCACCACCGUCUUUCUCAACGCGUGGGCCAUCCACCACGACGCCGAGCGCUACGGCGCCGACUACGCCGUCUUUCGGCCCGAACGCUUCCUCGACCCGCGCGAGGCCAACCUGCAGUCGCACUACAGCUUCGGCGCCGGCCGCCGCAUGUGCGCCGGCGUCCACCUGGCCAAUCGCGAGCUCUACAUUGCCUUUUGCAAGCUCAUCCACUUUUUCCGCAUCCUCCCCUCGGACCGCGACGACGAGCGCGCCUUUGACAUCGACCCCGCCACGGCAUGCGCCAACCCGCGCGGCCUCAGCAGCACCCCCAAACCCUUCAAGGUCCGCUUUGUCCCGCGCGACGAGGCCGGCAUCAGGGCCUGGAUCGACGACGAAAAGACAAAGACCGAGGUCAAGCUCGCCAGGAAGGUCGAGUAG